AUGAGUGCCGAUGGAGCCUUCAUCAUCGAGGACGGGGAGAACAUCUUCCUAUGGUUGGGCCAAGGCAUAUCAGGCCAAUUUUUGAAUGGUGUUUUUGGUGUUGGGUCCCUUGUGGAGAUUGCUACCGAGUUGGGCUCAGCAGCCAUCGUCAGCACUGGAGAUGACAACUCCCUACGACUAGUGAAUAUAAUAGAACAGAUCAGACGAGAUCAUCGUCACUAUAUGCCGCUGGUCAUACUUCCUCAAGGCCAUCCGCAGGAGAAUAAGUUUUUCGAGAGGCUUGUGGCGGAUCGAACAGCAGGUACUCAGAUUUCCUAUGAGGAGUUUGUUCAGAGGCUGGGGCUCCGUGGGCAGACGGUACCUGUGGGCACUGCAGCUGCUAUGGGAGGCUUCCCACAGCAGCAGAUGAACAGCCCCCCUGCGAUGCCUGGUCAACAUCAACAGCAGCAUAUGGCCCAGGGCGGCAGGGGUAUGGGCGCUAUGGCACCCCCAAGUCUAGCUGGGCAGGCGGGUAUGGCACAGGGAGGACCCCCUCCUCCUCCACCUCUGCCCUCGAGGAUGGCUGCUGCCAGUCCGGGUGGUAACUAUGGCUAUCAGCAACAGGCCCCUCCGCCUCCUCCUCCUAGUAUGGGCAGCUACUCGUACCCUCCUGCGACCAAGCAGUCCUAUCGACAAUAG